AUGUCUCACCCAACUGUCAUCAUCGGAGCCGGUAUCAUCGGUGUUUCUACAGCCUACUACUUAUCCCAGCACCAAGACCCAACCACGAUCCAGCUCAUCGAAGCCUCGCCAGAGCUCUUCUCUUCCGCUUCCGGCUACGCCGGCGGCUUCCUCGCCAAGGACUGGUUCGGUCCUUCCCUGUCGGCCCUCGGAGCGCUCAGUUUCGAGGAACACCGCCGGCUCGCCGAGGAACACGGGGGCCGGGAACGAUGGGGCUACGCGCCAUCGAUGUGUGUCAGCUACGAGGCGUCGGCUAACAGCGGCGGCAGUCAGGCACGGGGCGACGAUUGGCUUCGUCAUGGGACGAGCCGGGCGGAUGCGGCUCCCGUGGAGGCUGGUAGUCUCGCGGGGGAGAAAACGCCCGUGUGGCUGCGGCGGGUGGAAGGGGACCGGAUCGAGCUGAUUAGUGAUGAAGGGACCACGGCGCAGGUUGAUCCGUUGCUGUUUUGCCGGUUUCUUUUGCGGGAGUGUGUUAGCCGUGGGGUGAAGCUGCAUCAGCCGGCUCAAGUCGUAUCUGUGAGCGUUGGCGAAAAGGGUGAGGUGGCCGCCGUGCGUGUGAAGGAUACUACUCAGUCGGCGUCAUCCGGCAAGGAGGAGGAACUUCCUUGUUCGCGGUUGGUCAUUACGGCGGGGGCAUGGACGGGCAAGGUGUUUGAGACCCUUUUCCCGUCGUCAGAGCUACUCCCCAUCCCCGUGAGGAGCCUGGCGGGACACUCGCUAGUUCUCAAAUCGCCGCGGUGGCAUACCGGGUUGGCGAACAGCGGAGCCGGGUGCCACGCGAUUUUCACGAGCCAUGCGCAGGGGUUCUGCCCGGAGAUGUUCUCUCGCGUCGGGGGACACAUCUACUUUGCAGGCUUGAACUCCUCCACGCUGCCCCUCCCGGACGCGGCCAAGGGAAAGGCCACGCCGUACCCGGAGGCCUUGGCGCAACUACGGGAGGCGGCGAAGGAGAUCGUGGGAGCGGCCGAAGGGGAUGACAAGGGGGAUGACUUGGAGAUUGUUAGAGAGGGGUUGUGUUUCCGGCCGGUCACGCCCUGGGGGGCGCCGAUUAUCUCUCGGAUCCGGGAUCAAGACCUUGGCGCCGGGGUGACGACACGGCCGGGCGCCGAGGGUGGGGUGUUUAUUGCCGCCGGUCACGGGCCUUGGGGGAUUGCCAUGGCCCCCGGGACCGGACGGGUGUUGGCGGAGAUGGUGCAGGGUCGGGACACUAGUGUGGAUGUGGAUGCUUUGAUUUUUGAUCGGGAGAAGAUGGGGCUUCUUGAGAACUAG